CAGUGACUACCAGUACCUGAGCGAACACUUCCGGGAGGCCCACUACCUGUGUGAGGAGGGGCGCUGUGCUACGGAGCAGUUCACCCACGCCUUCAGGAGCCAGAUCGACUACAAGGCCCACAAGGCCUCGGCACACAGCAAGAACCGAGCCGAAGCACGACAGAACCGACACAUAGACCUGCAGUUCAGCUAUGCCCCUCGCCAGACCCGACGCAACGAUGGAGGCAUGGUGUCUGGAGAGGACUAUGAGGAGGCGAGGUCGGGUCGGGGGAAGAGGAAGGAGCCAAGGGAACCAACCGAACACCAGAGGUAGCUGGAGAUACAACCGUGAGGAGGAGGACAGGGAGUUGGCAGUAGCAGUCAGAGCCUCUUUGAUGCAGCAGAGGAGACGGGAGGACGGAGGACGAGACUCCCAGGACAGGAGCGCAGCGCCCAAACACCGCAAAGAGGAGAGGAUGGAGAGGCCCGAGCGGAUGGAGAGGCCCGAGCGGAUGGAGAGGCCCGAGCGGAUGGAGAGGCCCGAGCGGAUGGAGAGGCCCGAGCGGAUGGAGAGGCCCGAGCGGAUGGAGAGGCCCGAGCGGAUGGAGAGGCCCGAGCGGAUGGAGAGGCCCGAGCGGAUGGAGAGGCCCGAGCGGAUGGAGAGGCCCGAGCGGAUGGAGAGGCCCGAGCGGAUGGAGAGGCCCGAGCGGAUGGAGAGGCCCGAGCGGAUGGAGAGGCCCGAGCGGAUGGAGAGGCCCGAGCGGAUGGAGAGGCCCGAGCGGAUGGAGAGGCCCGAGCGGAUGGAGAGGCCCGAGCGGAUGGAGAGGCCCGAGCGGAUGGAGACUGAGGAGAGACACAGGAGUAUUCCUGUCAAACCCCCAGCAGAAGCUCCCCCAGUGAGGACCAUGAAGAGUAACCCUCUGACAGGAGACGACUUCCCAGCCCUCCUGGGGGCUGCAGCACCCACACUGAGUGUAAAGCCCCCCCCAGCCCUGAAGACUCCGGCCCAGGUCCCUCUGAAGGAGGAUGACUUCCCCAGUCUAUCUGCUGCCAUGGUUAUGACCCCCAUGACCCCCGCCUACUCCGCCCAACCCAGGAAACACUCCUCCUUCCAAGAAGAAGACUUCCCCGCCCUGGUCUCUAAGAUCCGCCCUCCCAGACCAGCGGGCGGAGCUACCUCAGCCUGGAGCCAAGCCAGCAGCAGCAGCAGCAACACCUCCAAGACGGUCAUCCUUCCCUCCUCUUCCUCUAGACCUCCCCCUAACAACCCUCCUCUCCCCCUCCCCGCCGGCCCCCAGCUCCUCUCCUCCUCCUCUUCCUCUCGGAGGAAAAAGCUCCCCGUGCGCCGCCCCUCCCCCCCGUCCGAUGAUGACAAUUGCGUUGCCAAGACGAUGCAGGAGCACCGAGCAGUUCCUACCAUGUUGGAUAUCUCCUCUCUUCUCAUCGUCAAAGGACCGUCUAAAUCUGCCUCUAAGCCCCUCCCAUUGACAGCUAAGCCCCUCCCACCAACCGCCAAGCCUCCCCCACUGACAGCUAAGCCCCUCCCACCAACCUCUAAGCCCUCCCCCGUGACAUCAAACCCCACUCCUAUUCCCGCCCCAAGCCCCACAUCCAAGACAGCCAAGAAGAAGAAACAGGCCACGCCCCCUCCAUCAUCAUUUGGGAACCAAGUUCCUGUCCUCAUGGAAACGGUCUCCAGGGUACAGAAGGAGAACGUUCCGGAGAGCCACGCCUCCAAGCCACUGGUUGCUAUGACGACGGCAGCAGUUAAAACCGCUGUAAAAGCAAAGGUCAAAGCAAGUGGAUUGGCUAACGGCCACCUGGAUAAACCAGUAACAGUGGCCCCCCUCCCUAAAGCCCAGCCGGAACCCCCCCUGGAGGUAGAGGAGGAGUUCCCUGCCCUCAUCUCCAAGAAACCCCCGCCAGGCUUUAAAAGUGCCUUCGUCCUGAAGAGUUCUGCCCCCCCCAGAAACCUGUCCCCCCCUCCCCCCGGCCAGGGCAGCACAACCCCUCCUAGUAAGCCCCCCCCAGGGUUUACCGGCAUCCCCCUCAACAGCAACGUGGUGGAGCCUGCCCCCCCUGCAUCCAGCCCCCGCUCUCCCCAGUCCCCAGGGGUGUACCUGGCUCCAGAGAACUUCCAGCAGAGGAACAUGGCACUGAUCCAGUCCAUUAAGAACCUACUGCAGAACGACCAGUCACGAUUCAACCAGUUCAAGGACUACUCUGGACAGUUUAGACAGGGUCUGAUGUCAGCCGUGCUGUACCACCAGAGCUGUAGGACUCUGUUAGGGGACAACUUUGGCGGCGUCUUCAAUGAGCUGCUGGUGCUACUUCCUGACACGAGGAAACAGCAGGAGCUGCUGACGGCCCACGCAGACGACCGGGCCAUGGAAAGACAGGGAGGGGGCGGGACCAGGAAGAACAGGAAGAGUGCCUGGCAGACCCCCUCCAGCGCCAUCUCUAAUGCAGCCGCGCUGGACUGCCAGGUAUGCCCCACCUGCUGCCAGGUGCUGGACCCUAAAGACUUCAACUCCCAUAAGACCUUGCACCUGGGGGACAACGAGGACUUCCCCUCCCUGCAGGACAUCAGCCGCAUCAUCAGCUAGCCCUGGCCUGGGACAGACAUGCGCACUGCCCAAUCACAGCCCUGCCUGUUGCCAUUCAGGGGAAGCCUGUUUCCAUGGUGACCAUGGCCAGAGAGGACGUUGGGUAGUGUAUUUGAUGGCGAGGCUGGGGCCAGCAGGAGGUUGAACUGAAUUCUGGUUGCCAGAUGUUUGACCUGAUUCCCGGUGUGAUUCCGGCUGGACCUGGACCCAGCCUGGCGACCCGAACCUGGAGGGCCCUACAAGUACCACAUGUUGUGUAUUAAUAAGAAGAAUGGUUCUAUAUAUUUUAUUUUUCUCCCCCCUCUCUUCUGAUCACAUUUCCAUGAUGUUGAUAAAGUGUUGAAGGAGUGACGGUUGUUUUAUCAGGUUUGAUGACUGAGGAGAGUUUAUUAAGUCAGACCAUCUACUACUCCCU